CAAUUGGAUGCCCUUUUCACGUAGCAACUGUCUAGCAAACUCGAACUCGAAUUUCGGGUAAGCCUUAUUAACUCCAUCAUUUAUCCUCCCAUUGAGUCGCGAUUAUGGAUCCCGGCCUCCCUAAAGAACCAUAUAGGAUCUCGGAUAAGAACUCUUUUGCUUAUGUUUCUGCACGCGACCGAUGGCCCGUGAUAUUGACCCAAGCAGUCGAUGAUGUCUUUAAGCACGGAGAUUCUGAAGAUAGUAACCAUAGACAUGAGGGAAGUAAGAUUAUCAGGCAGAUCGCACAACUUAAGUUUGAGUUACAGCACGAUCGACUCAUAAGACCCUUGGAAGAUGACGGGGGAGAUGAUAUCAAGGGUUAUAAUGAAGAGCUAGAGAAGUUGGGCAAUCCCAAGUGGUUCGAUGCGCCGUGGCUAUUUGCAGAAUGUUACCUGUACCGCCGGUUGAAUACUUUUUUUACCAACAGCAAAACUUGGAAAACUCACGAUGUGUUCCAUGUCCAGAAGGCUACUGCUUUCAGAUCUUCCCGGGCAGCAGUUCUCGAGUUGGCUUCACGAUAUCGGCAGCUAGUCUCUUCUCUCAAGAACUCCGAACAACCCACAGGUACUAAGGAGGCGACGGAGGAAGGGGAGAAGAAGCUUUUCACCGAUAUGUGCGAGAUAUGUCUUUGGGGCAAUGCUACAGAUCUUAGCCUUCUUACCUCUCUCACAUACGCGGAUCUUCAGCAACUGCAGGGGAGUAGAGCACGCAAAGCGGCUAGCAAGUAUAUUCUAGACAGCCAGGUGGACAAGGUGUACGAACUUCUCAAAAAACAGAGGGACGAGGGAAAAGUCGGUAGAGUUGAUAUCGUUUUGGACAAUUCUGGUUUUGAGUUAUUCGUGGACCUGAUUUUUGGCGGAUAUCUUCUGACCGCGGGAUUUGCCACUGAGAUUGUCUUUCAUCCAAAGAGUCUUCCUUGGUUUGUGAGCGACGUGUUGCCGGGCGACUUUACGGAUUUGAUCAACGCUCUGCGGGAUCCUGAAUCCGACCUCAAAUUUCUCUUCUCGGAGUGGAGUGAGCUACACACUAAUGGGAAAUUUCUUUUGCGUCCAAAUCGGUUCUGGACAACGGCCGCCUCUUACUGGAGACUCCCGAGUGCUGCACCGCGACUCUUCGAAGACCUUAAGCAGUCGGAAUUGGUUAUAUUCAAAGGCGACCUUAACUAUCGUAAGCUGACAGCUGACGCAGCCUGGGACCCUACCACCGACUUCUCAGAGGCGAUUGGAGAGCUGGGGAAGCUUGGGAGUGGUGUGAGGGUAUUGGCGCUGAGGACUUGCAAGGCGGACGUGGUGGUGGGGUUAAGCGAGGGAAAGGACUUAGCGCUUAGAAGUGGGGACCCUGAGGAAGGAAAGAGAAAGUGGGCCUGGAGUGGAAAAUGGGCGGUUAUCCAAUUCUGGGACGGCAAACUGUAG